GUUCCAUAUACAACUGAGUCAACACGUCGUAAUAAUAGCCAGUUGCAUUUAUACACUGCUGUACUUCUGUACACUUAAAAAUGUCAGACACGCAAGAAGAAAGCGACUUAUUAGCUGGACAUCCGCCUGCUGUUAAGGCCGGGGGAAUGCGAAUUGUCCAACACAAGCAUGAGAAGGCUGAUUCCUCCCAGUCUAGAGAGGAGAAGCAAGAACAGGCGGAGGAAUUCGGAACGGUGGAUGUGAAGGCAGACAAACACCACCAGUCCAUUCUUUUAUCCGGGGCUGUUACCAAGGGUGACAAGGACUUUCCUGUGGAGGCUGUGAAGAGUUACCACGAUAAACCACUGCCGACCCAUGAUAAUAGGCCACCCACCAAGCACCACUCAAUCCAGCAGCCCAGGUGAACACACCCAGUGACCUCCGUGCCAGCGGGCUGGGCAUGAGAAAUGGACCACACAGAUUUUAGAAGGAAUAUUCUUUGUUUCUUGAUUAGCCCAAAUGGAGCAUGCUUCAUUGAGAAUUGUUACUUGUUUAAGACAAAAGUGCUACGCAAUUUUUCUAAAAGAAAAAAUAAAUGAAUUUAUUAAACCUGCUUUGAUAUCUUGAAUUACCUUUUGUUAAGCUUUUUUUUUUCUAUUCGACAAGAUAUGUCACUAUUGAUAUACUAUGUGUCUCAUUAGAUCAAGAUAGUGUUGUUUUAGAAGAAGGUGUAGGGUUUUAUAGUGUUCAUCUCUUCGAUGUUUAUAUGUUUUGAUUUUGCGACGAAAAAGGCUGAUUUAAAAGGAAAUGAUUACCUGGACAUAUGAUUAAUGAUAAUGAUGUGCAAAUUGAAUAAUUGAUUCACAAUUUAACAAUCAAAGAACGUGGACACAAUAUAAUAUAUAUUGUUCCAAUGAGAUAAAAGAAAUCAAAAAAUCAUCUUUAUUAAACAUUAUUAAUAAGCUAUAUUUAAAACGGUAUCAAGUAUAUUUUUCUAAUAACAGAUUGUCUCAGCAUUCCCGACAUUGUUUUAACGAGGUUGUUGUUUUUUUUUUAAAAUAUAUAUAGUCUCAUUAUGUCUAUGUUGUACAAAAUUAGUGUAGCUCUACAGCAUCUUUAUCUGCAUAUGUUACAAGCAACCAUGUUUUUUUUUGGGGAGGAUUUUUAUGGGGGUAGUGGGGGUUAGGAAACAUUUUUUGUGCUUCAUUAUCUGUGAUUAGAUGUUAGUGAAUGGUAAACAUAUGAUCAUGUCAAAACUUAUUUUUUGUCAAAUAUGAUUGUGUAGCUUUUGGGAGAGGAAUUUGUAAAUCAGGAAUUGUGAAGGUUUAUUACAUCAACUACAUGCACAACAAUAUACAUUUGAAAUAAAAUGGUCCACAUUUAUGAACUGAAAA